AGAGGGGGCGGGGAGCUGGGUUUAGCGAUUGCACCGCCCACUGCUACAGCUGUGCGCGCUCCCGAAGGGAACGGGGAAAAUGGCGGCAGUUUGUUCUCAUAUACAGGAUUUCCCGUAGGAAUAACUGAAGAGAUGCUGAAUAUGAUCCUGGUUUUCCAACCUCCAGUGACAAGAACAGAAGGAAACAGUGUUAGAAAGAAGCAGGAAGAUCAGUGAUGCCACAGUAUCAAGACCCACCUACAGACAUGUGGCAGAACUGCAGGCCAUUGGAUCAUACGCACUGAUGUGAAUAAUAACAGAGCUUCAUCUCUUUACAAACAAGAGCCCUCCCUGCAUGUUGCCAACAUGAAUCCACAAAUAGAAAAGGGGAGGUCAGAGGGAAAAGAAACAAACCCAAGUGAUUGUCCAAUCACGAUAAAUGACGAAACACCAUCAUUUUCUGCUGCUAAUAGGAAAGAGGCUGAAUCAGAAGCAUCAGAGAUGAAGACCAAGAAAGGUCGGCUGAGCUCUAAAGAUCAUCUGAAGAAUGUAUUAAACCUUAGCGAUGGGAGGACUCAAGUGCUUGCACCAAGAAACAUGAAACUGGAGAAUGAAGUGCUGUACCCUAAAGAAUAUAAUAACUCGGCCAAAAGGCUUUCAUUUCCAGAAGCUGAACCAGAAAUAUUCCCAAUAAUGUCGGAAAAAGAUUGUCCAUAUUCUGAAGAUUAUUUGGAUGCAAUGGAAAAUACCGGCGUCACGUUCAUCGAUGAGAAUGGUCUAGAGAUUAUACCUCCGGGGGUCAAAAUAAACAACUUAAAAAUCUUACAGAUAAAGGUUGAGAAAGAUAACUCUGAGGACUCUUGGUCAAUGGCCCAAAGCUCGUCGGAUUCAGAGGACAUCGAUUCUCCUGAGACCGUGAAAACGCCCAAGGAACCUCUCCUUUGCACUUACUGCGGCAAGGAGUUCAAUAAAAAGUUCAAUUUCCAAAUACAUCAACUGGUGCACACAGGGGAGAAACCAUUCACAUGUUCAGAGUGCGGGAAAAGCUUCUCACAAAAGCGAAUCCUUCAAACCCACCUUAAAGUUCACACGGGGGAGAAACCUUUCACAUGUACAGAAUGUGGCAAAUGCUUUGCUCAGAAGAUUCACCUUCACACCCAUCUGAAGGUUCACACGGGGGAGAAACCUCACAAGUGUCCAGACUGUGGGAAAUGUUUCUCUGUAAAGAGCAACCUCCGCAAACACCAGAUCGUUCACACUGGGACAAAGCCGUUCACUUGUAUGGAAUGUGGCAAAAGCUUCUCUGAAAAGGGCAGCCUUCGCAGACACCUGAAGGUCCACACCGGGGAGAAACCUUUUAAAUGUAUAGAAUGUGGGAAGGGCUUCACCCGCAAGAUUCACCUUACAAAGCACCACAAACUGCACAUUGGGGAAUAUUUGAUCCACCACCGGAGUUCCGUCACUUCAGUCCGCCCAGAAGAGGGGGAAUUUAUAGAGGGCCAGAAGUCCAAAGGGGAAAGGGUCUCUCAAAAAAGCUAUCUUCAUAACCACCAGAGAGCCCACACAGGAGAGAAACCAUUUAACUGCAAAGAAUGUGGGAAGAACUUCUCCAGAAAAGGAAGUCUUCAGAGACACCAGAUCGUUCACACUGGGGAGAAACAUUUCACAUGUACAGAAUGUGAGAAAGACUUCUCUGAAAAGACCACACUCCACAUACACCUUAGGGUGCAGACAGGGGAGAAACCAUUCAGAUGUUCUGACUGCAGCAAAACCUAUUCUCAAAAGUCCAACCUUUACACCCACUAUAAAGUUCACACAGGGGUGAAACAGUAUUCAUGUACAACAUGCGGGAAAAGCUUUGCUGAAAAGACCACACUGAAUACACACCUUAGAGUACACACAGGGGAGAAACCAUUCACAUGUACAGACUGUUGGAAGAGUUUCUCUAAAAGAGGUUCCCUUAACAUGCACCGGAAUAUUCACUUAGCGGCAAAGUGAUUCUCGAAUGCAGAACACGGAGAAAGGUUAUCUCCAUAGAACACUGGUCGCAAUCACCAGAAAGUUCACAUGUUCAUCAUGUUGGCCUUCAAACUGGAAGAAUUUUUAGAGAAACUUUUACUUGGUCAGAAUUGAAAAUCCACAGCCUCGCCUCUAAUGAUUCAGUAAUACAGAUUGAUGUCUUGAUCCUAAACAUCCUACAGUGUACUUGUACAUCAACAUAGCAUCAAUUCUACUAGUAAUACCUUGACUCCAAAUGAUAUGUAAUGAAUAUAUCACCGAAUAUGGAGUAUUAAUAUUAGCGGGGGGUGUUACUAGCCAAUUAACGUUCUCACAGUUUCCAUCACCAACUGAUUUUCGGAUCCUUUGUAUCACAGACAGCACCAUCAACGAG